GCGCCUCGCCGCGUAGUGUGUUGUGUUCAUCCCAACUCCCAAGCGCGCGAGUUCGCUGGAUCGAUGGCCAUGGCCAUGGAGGACGAUGAGACCGCGACCGAGAAGAGCCGCUUCUUCCGCGACGCGCGCUUGGAGGCCAUGCAGCGGCGCGUCGACGAGGUGCACGCGGAGUCCGAGGACCCCUACACCAUCUUCCGCCUCCCCGCGGCCGUGCGCGAGCGCCAUCCGGACCUGUACGAGCCCAAGGUCGUGUCCGUGGGGCCCUACUACCACGGCCGCGCCGGGCUCGCCGCCGCGCAGCAGCACAAGUGGCGCCUCCUCCGCGACUUCCUCUCGCGGUCGCGGACAAACGGGAAGGGAGCCGGCGGCAGCCAGCUGGGCGCCUACUUGCGCUGCGCGAGCGCGCUCGAGGCCGACGCUCGGCGGUGCUACGCGGAGGGAUUCGACGCCGUGGGCGCGGACGACUUCGCGGAGAUGCUCGUCGUCGACGGCUGCUUCCUGCUCGAGUUCUUCCUACGGAAGGGCGAGGGCCAGCUCGCCGCGCCCGGGGGCGCCAAGUGGGCGUGGCACCACAUGUACCACGACGUCCUCCUCCUCGAGAACCAGAUCCCCUUCUUCGUCGUCGAGAAGCUGCACGCCAUCGCCUUCCCCGGCGAGGACGGCGGGACCGACACCGAGGGGCUCCUCGACAUCUUCUGCAAGGCCCUGGCCGGCGACCUGCCGUCGAGCCGCGCCAUCCGGCCGCGCAGCGGCAAGACGAUACACCACCUCCUGCACCUGCACUACGAGUGCAACGUCCGCAGCGCGUCCGCGGACGCCAGCGACGCCAAGGGACGCACCAACGGCAAAGCCGACGCCAACAACGGCGCGUCGUCGCUGGCCGUGUGGAAGCAGUCGCCGGUCCCGUCCCCGUCCCCGCGCUCCAGCGACGGCGCCGUCAAGGGCCGCCUGACGUCGAUGGUCCCGCAGGCCGCCAAGAUGGAGGAGGCCGGCGUGACGUUCAAGAGGAAGGCGACCCCGCGCGACAUGUUCGACGUGAGCUUCCGGUACGGCGUGCUGCACAUGCCGGCGUUCGUGGUGGACGAGGCAGCCAAGGUGCUGCUGGCCAACCUGGUGGCGUUCGAGCAGGGCGGCGGCCGCGCCGCCAGGCAGCUGGACGGGGGCAACCUGGUGACGGGGUUCGUGGCGCUGGUGGGGUCCCUGGUGAACACGACGAGGGACGUGGAGCUGCUCCGGCGGUGUGGCGUCAUGCACUGCAUGGUCACGCACGACGAGGCCGUCAGGUACUUCAGCCACGUGGUGCAGUACACGACCAUGGACUACGACCGCCACCUGCUCGCCUGUUUGUUCCGAGACAUCCGAGAGCACUGCCAGUGGAGCCGAUGAUCGAUCGUGCGCACGUAGCUGAUUCUUUGUUCGAUUAUUACCAUUAAAAAUCUCCACCACUUUGUUUGUUCUCUAUAUACAUGCCAAUACGUUUCCUUCUUCCUACUCUACUCUCUUUUUUCUCGAUGGUUACUCUACUCUCUCUUGUCACAAAAUAUAAGAUGCACUCCACUGUUGUGGCAUUUUGAUUCG